AGCUUCCGCUCCCUUCCAAGGUUUCUCUCGCCCUACAGGAGGGGGAAGCGUAGAAGCGCCCAGCGGUAGCUAACUAGGAAGUAGUAGGAGAAAGCGGCAGGGUCCGAGAGGGGAACGGCGGGCCGAUCGCAGGUGCCAAAGCCCUUCAGCUCACCACGGCUUGGCCGACCUCCUCGCCCCCAAUGGCUGCUCCCGCCAUCGCUCCGCCCGAAGAUCAAGCAACUAAAGAACCAGUAGAAGACACUGACCCUAGCACUUUAUCCUCAGAAAAUAUAGAAAAGUAUCCUGUCCAAGAUACAGCAUUACCCAAAGAUGAAGAAUACCAAACAGAAAAAGUGACUUUGGAAAUUUCAUCCAUUAACAUUACAAGCCUAACAUCAGAUUCUGGCUUGAUACACCAGCCAGAAGAAGAUGAUGACACUCAAAGUAGUGCUGGUGAUUCACCUACAGCUUUGAAGAAGUCAUGUACAGAAAAUGGCUCUUGCUCUUUGUGUACAUUUCACCAGCCAACCAUCAGUGACCUACUAAAUGAUGAAGACUUGCUGUAUAUGAUGAGGAUCAAAUUGGAUCCAUCCCACCCGACAGUGAAAAACUGGAGAAACUUUGCAAGCAAAUGGGGAAUGACUUAUGAUGAGUUGUGCUUUCUGGAACAAAAACAACAGAGUCCCACCUUGGAAUUUUUGUUACGGAACAGUGACAGAACUGUGGAGCAGCUGAUUGAUCUCUGUAAAUUAUAUCAAAGGGUUGAUAUUGAAAAACUACUGCAGAAGUGGGUGGAGAAGGAAUGGCCAAAAAGAGGCCAUGGAGCCUAUCAGAAAAACAUAUAAAGGAGAAAAAUGACAAUAUGGAAAACCAAGAAUGGGUUUUGGUGUGCAUAGGGCUUUUUUUUCUAGGGGAAGGACAACAUACUUAUUUUUACAGCAUAAACUGAACUUACCCUUUGUAGUGAUCAGGACGACCUUUAAUUAUGAAUCUACAGAUGUCAAAGUCUACAGUACUCAGAUUUUUGAAGCAAUAAGGGGACAUUGAAAAUUAUCAGCAUGCUAUAUAGGAUAACUGCAUAAUCAUUUACUUCUGUUUAGCAGUCUUUGUCCUGUAUUUCUGACUGGAAAUUGUAUAGAAAUUAAACAUAGGAGGGAAAAGGGAGGUCCUCUUCGAGGAAUAAUCCAUGUCUGUACCUGUGCAUUUGGUCUUGUUCCACCCCUUUCCAGAUUGCCUUUGUUCAUGAACAAACCAGCAGAAGAUGCUACAAAUCAGAACUGGGAUAGUCUCAUAUGACUUCACCUGGAAGAAGGAACUUUUAUAUCCAAAGAUAUAUAUGAACAGUACAGAAAUAAGCCAUGUUUUCAAUCAUAAACUAUAAAAAUAUAGCAUCAGGUGUUGGCAUUGUUGGGCAUCUUUCAGGAGAGCCAAUUCUAGACAUUUUGGCAUCCUAGUCAGUCAUUUUGUGGCCCCUCCUAUGAUUAUAUUUAUCUUUUGAGUAGCCAUGCUGAUGCACAGAGUGCGCUGUUACUGUUUUUCUGGGUAUAACUUUGAAAAGCUGAUAGUCACUUGCCUAGUUCCUUCCUAUCAGUCUUUUCUCUUGCUUUGGUAAUAUUAGUUUCCUGAGGUCCGUAGCUGUACUAAUUAUUUCUUUUUCAAAACUUGCAAUGCCUGGUUGAUGUGAUGUUCACUACUACUCCACUGACUUUGGGCAUAGAUAUUGUAGAAAUUUAUAGAAAGAAAUGAUUGUAAAACGAUGAGGAAAGAUACAUUUUAUACUCUUAUUGUGCAUAUAAAUCUUUUCAAUUCUGGUGUGCCCUAAAAUUUGGCACCUAGAUGACAGCCAAAAUGGGCAAUUGCCAAACCUCCCUGGUUUGUUGCCUUUUUCCUGCCAUCCCAGUGAUGAAAGUGAAGAAUCUAUACAAGCACACCCUUCCCAAUACAGACUGAAAGCAAAGAGAUGCCAAGUAUAUAGAUGGGACAAACAAUAAUUUUUUAAACUGGUGAAGCUAGGAAGGAAAAAUUUCCUGAAGGUAUCUUUUGAAAAGUUGACAAAAUCUGGAGCUGAUAAGGAAUACCUAAUCCAUUUGUAUAUACGAAUGCAGUGUCAGUGCUGCUAUCAUAAUUUUAAAGCCAGAAUAAAAGUAGAAUAUAGAUCAGAUAUUGUGGUAGAUCAGCAAGUGUUUUUUGCUCCCAGUUCCAUUCCUCCUCAGCCUAUUGUCUUCCAGAUAGGUUGUACUGGUUGUUCAUCAUCAUUGCCCAACUCACCUGGAGCAUAGUGGGCCAAGGAAGUUUAUCAUAGCAAUAACAAGCUUUCCCUUUUUUUAAACUAGGCUAUUAGAGUGGUAACUAAAAUGUAAACUUGCAUUUGUGGAUCCUUGCAGGAGAGGGUGCUUCAGUGAAAGAAUAUGCAACUGGCAACAAUUCCUUUUCAUCAAAUUGAUCUUAAAGCUCAAAUUUAAAAAAAAAAUCUCACAACUCUGAAACCUAUCUGUAACUUCAUUUCAAAUCCUUAUUUAAUAGGAGGCAUAAUGUCUCAAAAUCUCUGACUGAGAAGUAUGUUCCCUUGAUUUAAGACUGCAUUUUAAAAAUUAUUUAACAUGUUAGGGAUCAUUCAAAUCUUUCCUCUUCUGAGAAGAUUGAUACAAAAGCUGAUCACUUAAUGUUUGCAACAACCUGUGUUUUAACUUUAGAGAAACUAUUAUAAGCAGCAUACUAAUUAAGUGUGCCGCAAAAAGCAUCACAUUUUAAGAUAAAUAGUAUUCUGAACAGUGUGUACUUGAAUUACAGAAUUAUCAAGAUCCUUGAUAGGUGCUUUUUUUCAGAGUAUGCAGAAUCUCUAUCUGCCUUUGAAUUGAAGUGGUUAGAUCUCAAAUGUGGAUAAUAUAUUAAAAUAUUUUAAGAGUGAUUACGUUAAUUGGAAUUGCUGAUUCCCUCUAGCAAUUAGAAAAUAUGUUCAAACAUGUUUUCAGAGACAGUUUGAGAACUAGUGCUACUCCAGGGUAUUACAAAGUACUUAUAUUCUCUACAAUAUUAUAAUAAAAUAUUAUGAAGCAUCUAUUAAUAAUUUCAGGGAUAGCCUUGAAAUAUUAUCAGAAAUUAAUCUUUAAAUGAAUUGAAGUCACUUGGCAUAGUGACCAUACUUUAGUUUUUAUAGCACACAAUAAUGCGGGCAGAAAGCCAGUUCAAUGUUAAUCUCAGACAUUGUUUGAUCUCAGUACAAUAACCAUAAAAUGCAAAUAAAACACUAUGCUGGAAUGUAGGAGAGUUGCUCAAAUGCAUUAGAAUAUAACUUAUAAGAAAAUGUGAGUUCAAAAUCGUAUGGAUUAUCAUUGUAAGGAAUUUAGUCCUAAAACCUACAUUCUUAAAUGUACUUCCUAACAAGCUUCUAUCUCAAGUAUGGAGAGACCUGGAUUUUCAAUAGAAGAAAUAUUUUCAGAUAUAAUACACUCUGGAAAAUGUCAUUAAAAAUUGGAGUAAAAAUGCUGCUAUCAGGAAGAAUACUUAUGGGGAAUUGAGCUUUUGGGCUACUCUACUAAACUCAAGCAUACUUAAUUGCAACACGUUUUUAUAAUUGUAGGUCUUUAGAGUUAUGCUUGAAAAUUAAGCCAUUUCUAUUACUAUAUUACUUUCUAUUACUACUACAGUAGUAUGCUGAAUUUUAUAACUUCUAAUUUUGUUAAUAUAGUCCUUUUUUGUAAUAGAUCUUAUUUCAAAGCAUUUUGUGUAUGUACUGGUAUCAUCAAUUUGUUAUGUUUGUUACAUGUUUUUGAUAUGCAGUUUUAGAAGAUUUUUUUUAUCCCAUUUUUGUUUUUAUUAAGAGCG